UUCCGUUGGCUUUUAACGCACCGCCAUCCCUCCCUCCUGCUCCCAGACAUCAAAAUCCCCCCUUGUCACAACGAUUUAGGGUCAAUCCCUCAGACGGGAAGGUGCUCUCGCCGUGGACCCCCCCCUCCCCGCCACCUCUGGAUCCCCCUCUAUCAGUAUCUCCCUCCCACUCUAUCUCGGUGUUUUAUGUCUGCGUCACAACAAGUCGGUCGGUGGAGAGAGGCAGGGAUGAUGGCGUCUCUGGCGGCUUGAUUCCGGUGCUGCUCUGACAAACCCGCCUCAAUAGCAUCAAUAGGUGGUGGCGGAGAGGGGGGGAAGAGAGCAAAAGCGACAGGAACAUGACGAAACGGAAUCGCGGAGGAGGACGGACAAACUAGGCUGAGAGACGGACGGACAGUCGCCUCCUCGCUGACGGCUUGACUGACACACACAGGCGCUUGGCACAGACAGGGACAUACAUGCACAUCAUCCACUUUUUGCAAACACGCAGGCUGCGCAUCCGAGCGGGCAGUAAUUGGACAGCGGAGGUCCACAGCAGAUGAGGGCAUUUCAUGUCCAGCCUGCCCAGGAAUCACUGUGACCCCGACGGAAAGGAGUUCGACUUGACAGGAUGGGGGGAGUAAGUGAAGGAGAUGAUGUGUUGGCUCGAUGGAGUGAUGGACUACUGUACCUCGGCAAUGUGAAAAGAGUAGAUGGAGUCAAGCAAUGUUGUCUGGUGAGAUUUGAGGACAACUCAGAGUUCUGGGUACUAAGAAAGGACAUUCACUCGUUCGCUGCUGGAGUGGAAGAACUUUGCUGUAUUUGUGAUGCCCCGCCUCUUAAAGAACCCCUCAUAAAUUGUCUUAAAUGUCGCCACGGUUAUCAUCCAGAGUGCCACACGCCAACCAUCGAACCGGAAGCUGACAGCGAUUCGUGGAUAUGUCGGCAAUGUGUCUUUGCAGUCGCAACCAAGAGAGGUGGGGCCCUCAAACGAGGACGCUUCGCCCGGCUCAUGCAGUUUAUGAAACUCCGGCUCCCCUAUCAGCUGUCGUCUUUAGACUGGGACCCGCAACAUCUGACCAAUCAGCAACAGUGUUACUGCUACUGUGCCGGACCUGGAGAGUGGAACCUGAAGAUGUUACAGUGUGGAAGUUGCGGCCAGUGGUUCCACGAGGCCUGCACACAGUGUCUAACCAAGCCAUUACUGUAUGGAGACAGGUUUUAUCAGUUCCAGUGCUCGGUAUGUUCAAAGGGACCAGAGACCAUCCAAAGACUACCCAUGACCUGGGUGGAUUUGGCUCAUUUAGUGCUCUACCACCUCUCCCUGUGCUGCAAGAGGAAAUACUUUGAUUUUGACCAUGAAAUCCUGUCUUUCACCAAUGAGAAUUGGGACUCGUUGCUCCUAGGCGCGCUCUCUGACACGCCAAGGCAAGACCGCUGUCACAAUCUCCUCAACGCUCUGAACUCCCACAAGGACAGGUUUGUCUCUGGAAAGGAGAUCAAGAAGAAGAAGUGUCUUUUCGGGCUUCAGGUCCGAGCCCCGCCACCGCUGACGUCCGAUUCGUCACCCCUCAUCACCGACCCACCUACCAACAUAACUCACCGGAGAAGCCCACUGUCACUACCCUGCCAGAGGAGAGUCGGAGGGCCAGAGCCACGUAAAUCAAAGCGUCGCAUCAUGGAGACACAGGCCUGUCCACCCCCAGUGUCUGCCAGCCCCAUUGAGCUACUGCCAUGUUGCCAUGGCUACAUGGGAGGGGCCAGCCUUUACACCUCCAGGAAGUCAGAGGAGGAGCUUAACUUGAGCUCUCCCCCUAAGCGGAUGUAUGCCCUGUAUCACACCUCUUACAACGGAAAUACUGCACUCUCCAGGAGUCUCCAUCACUACAACAGCGUUGAGGACACCUGCAGAUUACCACCACCCUGCUUCCAGUACCCCCUCAACACCAAUGGCAGCCAUCACCACCACCACCUCCAUCAGCACCAUCACAACCACCAACACAACCACAACCACCAAAACCAACACCAGCCGGGGCAGAAGCAGCUGGAGCCCCUCCUACCUUACCAGGCCGGCAUGGGCGGAGGGGGUGGCGUAGGUGGAGGUGGAGGAGGAGGAGGAGGAGGUGGAGGGAAUAUGGGAGUCGGAGGGGGAGACGGGACAGUGGCCAGGAACUGGGGAGGAGGGGAGGCAGUGAGAAUCUUGGCGAGACGUGUCACGCCAGACGGGAAGGUGCAGUACCUUGUGGAGUGGGAGAACGUGAGUUUGUACUGAGACAGAGAGAGUAAACGAGACGCAAUGACUGUUUUGCAGUUGCCACAAGAAUACUGUGUAUGUAAAACGUGGCAGUGUUUAAAGUACAAACAAAACAAAAAGAGGAAAAAAAUCCCUACAUGUUGCAAAUCCAGGUUGCUCAUAUAGUAUCACCUCUAUUCUACAUCAUUAUAACCUCACUACUCGUUACUAAAUGUCCCUCUUUGCUAGUGUUUCUCUGAUAUUUGUACUGUUAACUUUGGAAUAUGCCUUUGAAUUUAUCAUGUUUUACAGUGAUGAGGGGAAGUAUUUAAACCUCCUGCUAAUUUGUCAAUGUUUGGGCCACAUCUAGUAAUUGUACUUAAAUCUUAAUAAGGAAAAGAACGAUUACUGCUUUUUCACUGUUAAAAUAGUGACAAUGAAGGGGGAUCAAAAUGGAAGUUAUUCAUUUUAAAUUCCUUUAAAGAGCAACUUAACGGCAGCUGAAAAAUCUUGUCUUUGCUGGCCUCCAGUAGUUUAGCUUCUCACAUUGCUGCAGUGAUGGAGAAGUGUACUCCGGGUAUCAGUAUUGGGUGCGGUUACAGGUGGAUCAAAGCACACCUCUGACCUCACCCUGAGGUGCAACACACUUGAAACUUUUAACCAGAGAGGGCAGUGAAAUACUGUUUGUCAGCUGAGGAGUGUUAAGUUAUUCCUUAAUCUGCAGCUAGUUAUAUUUUUUUACUUUCCUAUUUUAUUUUAGUUUCAUUUUUGCCACAAAUAAACCAGUAAACUUCCACCAAUUGUCAUGUAGACAACAUGCUGCUAAUUUAUAAAAAGCAUCAUAUGGUAGCAUGAUCUGAAUUAGAUUUGCAUUCUGGUUAAAAAUAGAGAAAAAAAAGAUUUUAAAAUUAAAAUUACUACACAACUUGCAGGAGAAACCACAUUUUAAUAACACAUUGAUAGAAUGAGUAACACAGAAGCACUCUUAACAACCCAACCAAUAAGCAUUACUUUGGUGAGUUGCAAGAAGGCUUUCAGAUGCUUUUCUAGCAGUUGAAUGACUAUAUGUUAAUGUGUAGUUUGGACCUGCUUCACACUGAAAUAUGUUAAUUUAAAUGCUUUUGAAACAAUGAUUACAUGUAACCUAGACAUCAAAAAAGUCAUAACAUCAAAAUGUCUUCAAUGGGAAAAGAGUAGGGUUGCAACUAAUGAUUAUUUUCAAUAUUGAUUCAUCUGUUUAUUAUUUUCUUGAUUAGUCGUUUUGUCUAAAAAAUGUCAGAAAGUAGUGAAAAACGCCUACUAUAGUUUCAUGACACUCAUGAUUACGUCUUGAGAUGUUUUGUCUGAUCAACAGGCUAAAAUACAGAUAUUCAGUUUACUCUUUUGCUGUAAAAAUUACCAAAACAAUUAUUUCAUUAUCACAAUAGUUGCAGUUAAUUAAUUUUCUGUCUAUCGACUAUUCGAUUAAUCGGCUAAUCAUUGCAGCUCUAAAAGAGAGAAGUACAGAAAGAGAAAUUUAAAUGUACCUUUUCUAUAAUGAUAACUGUGUCCCAUUAUUUUGCAUUGAUAUCGAAGGGAUUAGCGAGCUAAACAUCCCCUGGCCACACCACACUUCAAUCAGCCUUCACUUUUUAAAUUGCCCAUUCAUCAACUGAUGGUUAAUGUUCACAUGGAGUUCAGAGAGAAAAUGAGCAGUGAUGAAUGGUCCGUCAUCAGCGAGUGGCAUGAUGGCAACAGGAUGGCGGCUGCUGGCUGCAAAUGAAAAAGCAGUAACCUUUUAUUGAAGAGACAGAGCAGUACAGCCAGACUUGUAUUAUGGGCCACACUGGAGCAGAAGGUAGUUUAAUGCCUUGCUGAAGGGCUCUUUGACAGCAAUAGCUGAGGAAUUACACACAGAUUCUCUUCCUUUCAUCUGCUCAGAUGCCAAUUUGUCUGACUUUGGCUCCACAAACAACAAAUCCUCUGGAGGUUUACAUAUUUUCUUCUCAUCGCGGUAUGUUAAUAAGAGAUUGUAUACAUGUUAUUACGGGGUUACUUAAUUGUUAUGUUAGAUUUUGUCAUACAUAAUUUACAUUUAGACUACUGUAUGUAUUAGAAAUAGGAGCCACAAGAGGGCUUUUGUUUUAUAGAUAGAAUUAUAUAUUCACAAUAUAUUGCUAUGGACGAAUGACUUUACUUUAUUUUUUUGAUGUGGUUGCAUAGUGCCUAUUUGGGUUAUGUACCUGCCGAUUGGUCUGCCGACCGAUCAAUCAGACGACAGCUGAACGAGACAGAUACAACUACAUGGGUAAACAAGGACCAGUGAUAAUGUUGAAUUGAGUUUUUAUUCAGAACAGGACUGUGAUGUAAAUGUACAUUCCAAACAAACAAGAAAAAAUACACGUAUAUGUUACUGAAAUGUAUGUUUGAAGUCAUCAGAAUGGAAAUUAUUUUAUGAGGACUUUCUUUUAUAUUUGUGUUUAAUGUCACAAAGACAAGCUCAGACACGGCCACAGCCACUGCACUGCUGUUAUUAAGAUUCAUGUCGCAGGGAGUUCAGUCUUUGCGUUCAAAGUUACAGUACAGGUAAAGAAGACACUGAUAGGCCCGACUACCAACUAAAACUCAAAGUAUCUUCCAGGGUCUAACAGUCUAUAAUUUAAAAGGCACAACAUCGCAUUAAGUAUAAAUUUAUAAGUUUAAGGCCUGACUGAUCGUCUCCCUUCUUCUCACGUGUGUUUAUAGCGGCAAGUGAGGUGCUGAAGUUGGAUUUUAUCUUUAGAGACAUCUUUGUGCAAACAGGUUACAUAAAUCUAGAAUACUGUGGUGCAAGUUUCAGAGUUUAUAUUUUAUACAGAGGUUUAUUUCAGCAAUCUGUUCGAUAGAACGUACACAACGUAUACAUUUAUCUUUGAAGAAAGACUGCAUUACAGGUUUAGUUAAAUAGCAAAAGACAUACAACAUUUAUACUGUUAUAGUCAAAACCAAUGCAAAACUCUCCGAUUUUAUUUAAAUACCGACCUCUCUUUUGAAUUAUCUCCUGCACCUAUGCGUACAUUUCAGGCCAGUGAAAUAAUGUUGCAUUGCAAUUUUCAUCCUCCUCAGUGACUUUGACUGUAGUUUAUUAGGAAGGGGUGUGUUGAACCUUUCUAGGCAAUGGUGAUGAAUGUAUUUGUGUGUUUUCUAUGGUAUGUCUAUACCCGUCAAGUGCUUGUUAUAGGAUGUACUCUAGGUGGAACUCAACCAGAUUAGUUCAAAACAAAAUAGGAGGAAAUAAAGACAGUAACAUUAAGGAACACAUUUAUUUUGGGAGAGGUAGUCUUUCUUUUUCUGAUUAGUAGUCAAGUCCAAGUUCAGUUUGAUGUAUUUUUGGAGAAAUUACGUUUGUACAUGUAUACUCUGCGUUGACACACCUAAUAUGUAACAUGAAUAAUAAAAAAGUUUCACC